CUUCAACUCCCCUGUUUUUACCAAGAAAACAAUGUCUUCUUAACUUAUAUAACGCCCUCCACAGCCAAACCUUCAGGUUACAAGAUUAUAUACGCAGGGCAGGGCAGAGCUAACAACCAGUGAAAAUGGUGGUCGGCUCCGGGAAUCAUGCGAGUAGAAUUUGUUUGCAUUUGCUUCUUCUACUGCUUUUCUCUGUAAAUGUAGCUUUCUCCGGCACGCUCGUCACCUCUUUACCAGGAUUCGACGGCGACCUUCCGUUUAAACUCUAUACAGGGUAUGUCAAUGUCAGCACCGGUAAUGCUGAGAUGUUUUACUAUUUCAUCGAGUCUGAGAGGAACCCCAAAAAGGACCCUGUUUUGCUCUGGUAUAGUGGCGGCCCUGGUUGCUCUGCUUUCAACGGUCUUAUUUAUGAAAACGGUCCAUUAGCUUUCAACAUGUCAGGUUACGCAGGGGGUAUACCACAAACAUAUUAUUACAAGUACUCAUGGACAAAGGCUGCUAGCAUUUUAUUUGUAGAUGCACCUGCUGGCACUGGUUUCUCCUAUGGUGGUGCUGGUGCGUUCCCUGCCACAGACUCAGGAACAGCAGCACAGGUUUAUGAGUUCUUAAGGAAUUGGUUGGUGGAAAACCCAGAUUACCUGCUAAAUGAAUUAUUUAUCGGGGCUGAUUCUUAUUCAGGCAUAUCCGCUCCAAUUGUUGUUAAACAAAUAAUUGAUGAUAAUGAUGCUGGAGUUACCCCACGCCUGAAUCUCAAGGGAUAUAUUCUUGGGUGCCCUCGAACUGAUACGGAUAUUAAUGAAAAUUCCAAGAUUAUAUAUUCUCAUCGCAUGGGGCUUGUAUCAGAUGAACUCUAUGAGGCAACAAAAGAAGCAUGUAAUGGGAGUUAUAGCAGUGUUACUACAUCACAAUCAGAAUGCUAUGAAAAUCUUAAAAUACUCCAGCAUUGCACCAAGGAUAUAAACAAAAAUCAUAUUCUGGAGCCCAAGUGCACCUGGACAUCCCCAGAACCAUAUGGAGAAUCGGUUCGAAGAGCUCUUGAAGAAGAAGCUGAUGGCUUAGCCCUGUCUUCCGAAGACCCUGAUUUUUUUUGCCAUACCUUUGGUUAUUCACUCUCUUACUUGUGGGCUAAUGAUCCAACCGUCCGAAGUGCUCUUAAUAUCCGAGAGGGAACGGUACAAGACUGGAAGAGAUGCAACAAGAGCAUAUCAUUCACAUCUGAUGUCUCUAGUGUCAUUGAUUAUCAUCAAAAUCUUAGCACCAAGGGGUUGCAAGUUCUAAUAUUCAAUGGUGACCAUGAUUUAAUAAUCCCAAAUAUUGGUACGCAACAAUGGAUCAAGGUGCUAAAUUUAACUAUAGUUAAUGAUUGGCAUUCGUGGUUAGUGGAUGGUCAAGUUGCAGGAUACACAAUUAAAUAUUCAAGUAAUGGAUACCGCUUGACCUAUGCAACAAUAAAGGGAGCGGGUCACUCGCCUCAAGAGUACAAGCGUAGGGAAGGUUUCAACAUGUUCAAUAGGUUUAUCCACUAUUAUCCACUCUGAUUAACACUGGCGGAUCCAAGAUUUACAUGUGGUUUUACUCUCCUAUGCAAAAUUUUAUUCAUCUUGUAACUUAAAUUACGAAUAAUACUUUGCUCUUUCGCCAUUUAUAUUUAUUACCUUUUAAUAUUCUUAAUUUAUGGUAACAUUGA